AUAGCAGUCACUGUCAUAUGUGCGGAAGAAGAAGAUCGAAGAAAACAUAUAAAACUCCAAUGUUUGUAAAAUAAUUUGAUUAGCGUUGAAGGAGAAUAAUGGUGAACUCAGCUAAGUAGGCAGUGAGCACUCGACCACAAUUCAUAAAGGAAGCACGACUUAUAUACUCCCGGCGACCUUACCCAAGCAGCUGCCUUAUGGCCAACAGGAAUAUGCGUAACACCACCAAAGUGGAGGCUCUGAUCGAGAGCUGCCGCAGCGAGGGCAAGUGGCAGCGCGUCAUCGAGUUGACGGACGAACUUAAGACCGGGUCGCCGCACAACGAGUGCCUGGCCAAUUUUCUGGUUGGCGAAGCUCGCUUGGAGAACUAUUUAGAAGACAACGCCCUCCCUGCAGCUGACUCCAACUUUGGACGCGCCAAGUCCGGCUUGACGGAGGCCAGACGCUUCCUCCACUUGGCUCUUGGCGAGAGUGGCCAAAAGGCUGGGAUUGCCCUGGACGCCUACCUGCUGUUGGCUAAGUUGUGCUUCGCUUGCGGGGAGUAUGAGCAAAGCCUGGAUAACUUUGUCAAGGCUGAGCUUAACACGCUGGCCGAAAAGGAGCUAACCCUUCGCAGCCUGAAGAUCCUGGCUGAGUCGUAUGCAAUAAAGGGACUAUGCCUGGAGCAACAGACAUCAAAGCCAUCAUCAAAAUUCAAGAAGGCGGAGAAGGACGCUGAGAUGAUCAGCUGUUUUGAGCGCGCAACCGAUCUAGGUUUGCUCUACCUCCAGGAAUACGACAUCGUGAGUGGGAGCAGCAAUUCUUCCAACAAUUCGAAUGUUGGUUCCACGCUGAACGUAAACACGUCGAGUGUGCAGCCGUCGAGCAGUAGCUUUGCAAUCAGCAGCACCAUACCGGCGAGUGGGCCAACCAGUUUAGAAAUUAACCGCAAGAUGGGCGCCAUUCUAGAGACGGCGCUACAACGAGCCCCCAUAGUGCUUAUUAAGACAGAAAAACUUCAAGAGGCGGUAGAGCGAUACCGUAUCAUGCUGAAUGCUAUCGAGACGCGGGCAACUCAAUCGCUGCGACUAACGCUUGCCCGUCAGUUAGCCGAGGUGCUUCUACGAGGAGUAUCCGGUACAAUUUAUGCACCUCCCUUCACUGGAAAGUCGGGCGGUGGGACCUUGCGCGGAGGAUCCUCCAAAAAGCUGUGGAAGCCUCGAAAAUACACAGCCCGUCAGCAGUUUAACCCUCGAAACCAGCAAGAAGAGGUUAUACUGCUGCUGCUCAUCGCCGAAGCUCUGGCAGUGAGGGAUACUGUACUGUCACAAAGUCCUGAGUUUAGGCAGGCUCGUCAACAUGCUAUGGGUAACGUAACGGCCGUUUAUGAUCUCCUGACUUUGGCUACUGUACGUUGGGGUCUCGUCCAGCUGCUGAACGAGUCUUUCGAAAAGGCGCUAAAGUUUAGCUUUGGUGAACAACAUGUGUGGCGACAGUACGGUCUGAGUCUGAUUGCAGCCGAAAAGCACUCCCACGCUUUGAGAGUCCUGCAAGAGUCAAUGAAGCUCACGCCUAGCGAUCCACUGCCCUGCCUGCUGGCGUCGCGACUUUGCUACGAGAGUCUGGAGACUGUGAAGCAGGGUCUAGACUAUGCUCAGCAGGCGCUCAAACGGGAAGUGAAGGGGCUGCGUCCAUCGCGUAGUCAACUUUUCGUUGGAAUCGGCCACCAGCAACUCGCUAUUCAGGCAAAUCUAAAGAGCGAGCGAGAUGCCUGCCAUAAGCUGGCUUUGGAGGCUCUCGAGAGGGCUGUGCAGUUGGACGGGAACGACCACCUGGCAGAGUACUACUUGUCGUUGCAGUACGCGCUUUUGGGACAGCUAUCGGAGGCUUUAACUCAUAUCCGUUUUGCGCUGGCGCUGCGUAUGGAGCAUGCUCCCUGUCUGCACCUGUUCGCACUGCUGCUGACGGCUUCGCGGCGUCCUCGAGAGGCUCUAGGUGUGGUGGAGGAUGCUCUACACGAGUUUCCUGACAACCUUCAGCUACUUCAUGUUAAGGCACACCUUCAGCUGCACCUGGAGGACGCGGAGACAGCAUUGGGCACUGUGCAGCAUAUGUUGGCCGUGUGGAGGGACGUCUACGAGGCCCAGCUGGCGGGAGAGGAGGAGAAACAUUCGGACACCAAGAGUGGGGUUCACUUGGCACAUUCCUCGCAGAUGUCCGAUAAGGAUUCAAAUUCUGUAUACGCGGCUUCGUUGGCUGCAGUCUCCCGCGUGGAACAAGCUCUAAGUGAGGCGGCUAGCUCUCUCAGCUCAUUUACCCAGCGACCUGGACCACGACGACCUUGGAUGCUUCAAAUUGAGAUCUGGCUUCUACUGGCCGAUGUGUAUCUGCGCAUCGAUCAGCCUAAUGAGGCACUCAACUGCAUACACGAAGCUUCCCAGAUAUAUCCGCUUUCGCAUCAGAUCAUGUUUAUGCGCGGGCAGGUGCAUGUUUAUCUGGAGCAAUGGUUUGAUGCCAAGCAAUGUUUCCUUAACGCUGUGGCUGCCAACCCAAAUCAUACGGAAGCGUUGCGCGCUCUGGGGGAGUCGCAUUUGAUACUGGGCGAGCCUAGGUUGGCCGAGAAGAUGCUGAAAGACGCGGCUAAGCUGGAUCCGAGCUGUCCCAAGAUUUGGUUUGCUUUGGGAAAGGUGAUGGAGAUCCUGGGCGAUUUCCACUCCUCCGCUGAUUGCUUCGCCACAUCGUUACAGCUGGAGCCAUCGUGUCCGGUGCUACCUUUUACUUCGAUACCAUUGGUUUUCGAGUAGAAUCCGCAUUCGUUUGCCUUUUGGUUUAUUUAUAGCAGAUUCAACCUUUACUAACCUCAAAGUGAACAGCAAUAUUACUUACUAUAUACAGGCAUACAUAUAUGAAUAUAUAUGUACUUAUACCUUUUAAAGUCCACAUUAUAACCAACACUUUGGUCAUUAUGAAUUGUUAUAUUGCAGUAUUAAGAGCGGCUUUCAUGCCAUUUGUGUGCGUACCCCUGUAAAUUGUUAGCUAGAAUUGUUCAAGUUGUUGUGUAUAAAAUUAAUGAAAACUGUCCCGGUCAUGAUUUUCAGAUAAUGUUGUAUUUCUUCCCUAUCGACAAAAUUUAUUUGGUCGGUGAAUUUAUUUUAUUACUACUGAAGUGUUAAUUAUUGCAUAAAUAUUAUAUAAAUAUAAAUAGGUAUAUAAUUCUUCGUGAAACUAUAUAAAAUUAAUAUACACAAAAUUUAAAAAAUUAGUAAUUAAUGAUUGCAUGAAAACAAUCAUGGUAUUCCGAUCAUCUCCAGGCUGGUUUUUCUAGGAAGACUAUAUCAUGAGAGAACUUGCCAUUACUUGGCUACAUUUACGUUCAGCUGUGUUCAUUGAAUCCUUUCUGUUUUUAACACUUUUGUGUCCUUGGAUUUGGUUUUUCCGAGACCUUUCACUUUUCGCAUAAGCUAAUUGAUGCCGAUAAUUUCAGCAUUCUGUGCCAAAGGCCAAAUACAUACCUCUAUAACAGCCAA